UUUCAAUUCGGGUUUUCCUUUCGGAUGAAGAGUGGAUUACGAGUCGAAAUACCUAGAUCUCAAUGACUAUUUGAACUACGAUUCGCUCUCUAAGUGAGUAAUUCAUAUGAAGCUGGUGCUACUCAUACGCCGAUUCGAAGUUAUUCCGUUCUAAUUUAUUCGUUUACGUAUCUUGCAAAAAUGGAUUGGACUGAAGUAUCACCAGGAGUGUACAGCAAAGAGCUCUGUGGGGUAGAGAAGAUCUAUCGCAAUAUUUCGCAGCUAUUCAAACCUGUUGGCCGCGAACAUUGGGGUCUCUAUUGCGUAUGUGACUUCGAGCUCGGUCCAUCAUUAUCGGGCAAAGACCCAGCAGCAGUGUUGCGCGAUGCAUGGAAAGCAUUGAGAUAUGACUUCCCAGCUCUCGCCGUGGCUCCGGAUGGCCUGACUAAAAAGACCUAUAUCCUACCAAACCAAUCAUCGGUAGAAAAAUGGGCUGACGAAACCUUCAUCGUCGAUCCGAUCUCAUCGUCGGAUGAUAUCUUGGCUUCUUAUCCGCCGCGAGACACACCAACCAUACACUACCUCCCUGAAUUGUCACAAGUUGUCUUUCUCUGCUCUCAUUGGCGGAUUGAUGGCCUUGGGACGUGUAUGAUAAUGGAUCGCUUUUUCACUAUACUCGCGAAAGCUACUGGCGCUCCUACUUCCAAGUCAUGGGCAAAUGAUCUGCACAAAAUCUCGCCGAACCUGGAAGAAGCCCUUGGAGUGCCAGCGACAGAAACACCAGAGGUCCAGGCCUUGGCGCGCGAGCACAUCAAAGAGCAUCAUAAGAAUGCCGUGCACGCAGGUGGUCUACCAUAUCUUGGCGAUGCGAAAACUCCCCCAGGACGUCCAGCGGCUACAGCUACGACCUUCAACGAAGACAGCACGGCAGCUUUCAUUGCUACAUGUAAAGCGCGCAAAGUUACCGUCACCUCAGCCAUUUACGCUGCCCUCGCAGGUGCGAUUCCCGUACUCUCGCUAGACGAAUGCACCAAGAAGUACGCAGCGGUGAUGGCAGUAAACAUGCGAAAUCACCUGCAAGAGCCCUAUAAUGGCAGAGACCACCCGGUCCAAGUUUAUGUCGUAGGGCAAGCACCCACAGUGGAUCACAGUUCAUCGUUUUAUGAAAAGACCAAGGAGUUUUCGAACCAAACCGGAAGUUGGUAUAAUGAAGACUUCAAACGCGCGUACCGUGUAGCGACUCAGUACCAAUACGAGGCGCUGUGCAACCGCGGCCCGCCCCCAAAGCCGCCGAGCAGCGUCACUUUAAGCAGCCUCGGCGUGAUUGAGAGAAACUUAUCUGGCGAGUAUGGUGGUGGUGCAGUGAAAGUAAGGGACUUUCGUUUUGGUGUGAGUAUGAUGACUCGUCAGAUGCUCUUGUAUGCAUGGACGUUUGGAGGGAAGCUACAAUUUUCUGUCAAUUACAAUGACGCUUAUCAUGACUCACUAGAAGUAGCAGCGUUUCUGGAACUUAUCGUGCAGAUAUUAAAGAAGGAAAUGGGAGUCACUUUAGUCGCGGAGUAAACGGAAGGGAUGAGCAAACAGAAACAAUAGAUUCUUCGGAUCGGACAAUGCUAUAGUUAUUCACAAGUCUAGGGAGCAACGCGCAUCAUGAGAGAAAUA